AUGACUGUUACCAUAGCAACAGCUGAAGCAUGUUCAUGCUUACCACACUCUACCAUGCAAGAAGCAUUCUGUGCAUCUGACUACGUUUCUCGCGUAAAAGUCAUUUCUAAGAAAGAUGAAAACACUGCUAAGGAAUAUUCGCCUAUGAAUGACAUCAUCUAUAAUGUCGAACACAUCCACAUUUACAAAAAUGCUUCGGAAACGAAAGUAUUGCCGAAAGAAGUAGCAACUGCAGCUGACAUAGGAACAUGUGGAUUAUUACUUCAGAAUGGGGAGGAGUAUCUGCUUGGAGGCACUGUGGAAAGUGAUGGUCAUCUUCACGCCCAUCUCUGUGGUAUAGCUUUGCACUGGACAGAAGUCUCACCAGAAGACAAAGCUGCUUUUGGUUCUUACAAAUCUGCUGGCAGAAAAUUCACAACUGGUUUGAAAACGUUUGGCACAUUAGGGUCCAAGUUCAAUCCCUGGAAGUACAGAAGAUUCGAGAUAUUGAAGAAAAUGAUGCUCAUCAUCGUUCUUGCUUUGAGCACAGCAGCAGUCGAAGUCGAUUCAUGUUCUUGUCUACCGUUCAACUCACUGGAAGAAGAGUACUGUUCUUCAGAAUUUGUUUCCCAUUUGAAGGUUACUUCUAAAGAUGACCCAAACCCAAAAGAGGGGCCUCGUUAUUUAGAGGUCACUUACGAUGUGGAAUAUAUCCAUGUGUAUAAGAAUGCAUCAUACAUCAAGGAAAUUCCAAAAAAGAUCGUAACAGCAGGUCAUGAAAGCACAUGCGGAGUGUCUCUCACCGAGGGCGGCGAGUAUCUAGUUGGAGGCGGCGUAGGAAAUGGCUAUAUUUAUGCAUCCAGCUGCGGCCUUUCUUCGCCUUGGGCGUAUGUUCCACCUCGAGACAAGGUUGCUCUGAGCAGAUACAAUUGUUCGACUGUGUGA